AUGCAGAAGAUUGGCUUUCUUUUCCUUGAAGACAAUAUAGUGUGCCCAAUAUGCCUAGAGGUAUUCAGAGACCCAGUCACUACAGCCUGCGGGCACAACUUCUGCAUUGAUUGCUUGCAGGUUUAUUGGGAACACCUAGCACUUAUUGGAGAACAACCUUACUGCCCUCAGUGCCAGGAACCCUUGAGUUCAACACCUCAGCUCUGCAAAAAUAUAACCCUGGGAGAAAUUGCAAUGAGAUUUGCACGGGAGGAAUCUCAAGAUCCACAGAAGCUGGCUAGUUUCAAGCAUGUCCCGUGCGAUUUUUGUUUCGCGCGAAAGCUAAAAGCAGUCAAGUCUUGCUUGCAAUGUAUAGCUUCCCUGUGUGAUAACCACAUUCAAUCUCACUACACAGACAAGAUUUUCAAGAACCACCAGUUGGUGGAACCUCUCAGUGACUUGAAAGGCAGCAUGUGUUUAAAACAUCGUAAGCUGCUAGAUCUAUUCUGCAAAGAAGAAGGCAAGUUUAUUUGCCAAAUCUGUGUUCGGGAAGAGCAUAAGAACCAUGAAGUCAUUUCUCUGAAGCAAGAAAGAAGCAAGAAAGAAGUGGAGAUCCAGAGAAUACAUGCCAGUGUGGAAAAUCAGGUCUUGAUGUUGGCAGAAGACCGUCAGAAACAUAGGGCAAGAGUGAAUUACCUCAUGAAAGUGGUGAAGAAUGCCAGAGAUGAAGUUAGUUGGGCCUUUACAGAGUUAAUAAAAGAAUUCAAGAGACUGCAGACCAAGGUGAUGGACUUCAUUGAUCAAGAGGAAAAGUCAGCUUUACUUGAUAUGGGAAAUUCUAUUCAACGCAGACAUAAGCAACUUGCAGAUCUUAAGAAGCAGAAGCUGUGGUUGACAAACCUGAUGGACGAUCCAAGUGACUUUCAAUUCUUGCAGGACUUCCCAAAAAUAAAGGCCAUAACUGAUUGCUCAGAAGCUUUGAUUGGGCUGAAAUGUGAGGAACUCACCAGUUUUGUGGGGAUUAAACAGACACUGAGUGACUUGAAAUCCCAAAUCUCAAUGAUUGGACUCUGUUUCAUCAAUAAAAUCCUUCAGAAGGGAAUCACAAUGGUGCCAUAUGAACUGUUACCCACACCCACAGAUCGGAAGACUCUUCUAAAGUACUAUUGUAUCCUGAAUUUUGAUGCCACCACUGCCAACGAAGAGCUCUUCCUAUUUAAAGAGACUCACUCUGUGCUGAACAUGGGGAUUUUGUUGGAUACCUAUUCAAAACCCACCCCUGGAUUUAACCACUGGCCCCAACUGCUCGGUACCCGCAGCCUCUGUGAGGGCUGCCAUUAUUGGGAGGCUGAGAUUUCAAAUGGCUGGCUAUGCCUAGGCGUUGCCUACAGCUACCAGCAUAGGACUGAAAAAUCGUGCAUGUUGUAUCUGAUUGGCAGGAAUAAUUAUUCAUGGUGCUUGGAGUGGGACUCAGUGAAUUUCUCUGUCUGGCAUAAUAAUAUGCAGACUGUACUGCGUGGUGACUACUACAAGACCAUUGGGGUUCUCCUGGACUAUGCUGCAGGCUCCCUGACCUUCUACGGCAUCACCAGUUCUAUAAACCUCAUUUACCGUUUCUUAACCACAUUCACUGAACCACUGUAUCCAGCUGCCAUGGUAAGCAGCGGGACUUCUAUUACUUUGAAACAACACCCUGAAUAG